UCCACCCACCACCACCAGUUAGUUACUUGACUACCUGAUUUCAUUACUCUUCGAUUCUUCCGCGAUACUUUAAUUUUUCACUGCUUCGUCAAUUGCGCAGCAACAGAGUUUUUUCGGAAUUUUCCACAUCUCUUAUUUUUUUUAGGGGGGUUUUGGUGGUACAAUCUUAAUUUUGCUACCGUUGGAUCUCAGGGAGAUUCACAGCUGUCUUUCUGGUGUAUUUUUUUUUCGUUUUUUUGACAACAGCAACCAACAACAGAAGUUGAGCUUUUCGCGCGCCCGAAUUGGACCUCCAUACAAGGUUCUAUUUUUGAUUGAAAAAUACCAAGAUCCUUUAAAAGAAUCACCAGAACUCAGGUUUAGAAAUUUUGGGCACAAUUUGCUGCUGCUCUAAUGGAGACUGGGGAAGAAAGCACUCCAUCAAAAUCAUCCAAACCUGCAUCGUCAGCGCAGGAAGCACCUGUUACACCAACAACGCCUGUGUAUCCUGAUUGGCCAAGUUCUAUGCAGGGUUUUUAUGGUGCUGGAGCAGCUCAACCUUUCUUUGCUUCAACGGUGGCUUCUCCCACAACCCAUCCUUACAUGUGGGGAGGCCAGCAUCCUAUGAUGCCGCCUUAUGGGAACCCAGUUCCAUAUCCAGCUUUAUAUCCUCCUGGGGGAAUGUAUGCUCAUCCUAAUAUGGCUAUGCCACCAGGUUUUGUACAUGGAACUGCAGAAUCAGAAAGGAAAGGAACUGAAGGGAAGGAUCGUCCGUCAAGCAAAAAGUCCAAGGGGCCUUCAGCCAAUCAUGGAAUGAUCGGUGGGAAGAGCAGAGGUGGUGGGAAAACAGCCUCUGGCUCUGGAAACGAUGGUACCCACAGUGCUGAAAGCAGUAGUGAUGAAGGUUCAUCAGAUGCUAGCCAUGAAAACAACAACCAGGACUUCUCUGCAUCCAAGAAAGGAAGCUUUAACCAGAUGCUUGCUGAUGGGGCUAACGCACAGAACAAUGGUGUCCCUACUAAUUUCCCUAAUUCUGUACCUGGCAAUCCUGUAGUAUCUGUCCCUGCAACUAACUUGAAUAUUGGCAUGGAUUUGUGGAAUACUACUGCAGCUGGUUCAGGGCCCAUGAAACUGCGACCAAAUUCAGCUGGUGUUGCUCCAUCUGGCAUGAUGAAUGAUCAGUGGAUUCAACAGGAAGAACGUGAAAUAAAAAAGCAGAAGAGAAAGCAAUCUAAUCGUGAGUCUGCUCGGAGGUCAAGAUUACGUAAGCAGGCUGAGUGUGAAGAUCUACAACACAGGGUGGACUUAUUAAAUGGUGAGAAUCGUGGUCUCACAGACGAGUUGCAAAGGCUCUCUGAGGAAUGCGGGAAACUUGUAUCAGAGAAUAACUCUAUAAAGGACGAGUUGAUUAAGAUGUUUGGGGCCGAUGCCGUAAGUGAACUAGAGAAUGGCAAUUCCAAUAUGCAUGAGGGUGGCGGAGACGAAGAAGGUGACUGUUAGGGAUAAAUUGACAAUCUGUGUAGGAUUUUCUUUUGUUAGUUUGUAGUCAAUACAGUUGUUUUGUAAUACUCAGUUUACUUCAGUUAUACCAGAGGUGUAAGGAUCCCAUGUUUUUGAAGUUAGUAUUGGACUAGUUUUUUGCUUCAAA